AUGACAGUUGCUUACAUUCUCUACUGUGAAGUGGGCUUUUGCAAGAGGCUGCGAGGCGGCGCGCGAAGCUGGGAGCCUCCAGGAAUCCGCUGUCGCCUGGGAGAGGGGGUCGAUCCUGAGACCCGCCGUCCCGAGCGCCACCGCGGCGUUUCCCUUCAGAGUCCCCGUUGGGCACCAGCUGAGGAUUGGAGUCAAACUCCUCACAGUCCCUCUCCGAGCCGCUCUCGGAAACUCAGCCCGAGCCCCUAUCUUCCAGCAGCCACGAAGCUCUGGUCUGUCCACACUCCUCUUUGUUGUCCCCGGUCCCCGAAUUCCAUCAAGAGCCGGCCGAUAGCUUGGGAGUCUCGCUGCCGCCUGCCCGCGUCGCCGGAACCCAGCGACCUCCACCCCCCUCCACAGGAUGGAAGGAGCACCCGAGCAGAGCAAUGCUGCAGGGAGCAGGCUACCACCGCGGGAAAAAAGUUUGCACGUUCUAGCGGGCCUUCCCAGACUCCGGGAUCGCCCAGUAGCGGAGACCCAAACCACCUUGCAGCCCCUCCAGCCCCCGGAAGGCAAUCUAGGCUCCCGCCACCUGCUGUGGAGGCAGUAGGAGGCGUAGGAGGCGCUGGGCAAUCUCCUCCACUCCCCAUCCCUGCCCUGGGUGUUCUAGAAAAGGGUGCGCUCAACCCGGUCCGCACUCAGAGUUACUCACCUCUCAGCUCCAGCGCCGGUCCGGGUCUCGGCGCACUCCAGCCCCACGCCUCCCGGAUAGCUCCCUCCGCCUGGUUCAUGAAUUAUUUAAAUCCGGUCUCGGGGCACCACUGGGGUUGCUGGGUGAAAGCCCGCCCCGAUGCCCCGCCCCGGGUUGGCUAGGGGCGCAAGAGGCAGGACUACUGGACCCCAGGACUCUGAGACCCUGUUGCGUCCUCCUGGGUCCCCGGGCAGACUAGUAGGGAUGGAGCUAAGGGAAUACACCGACUCCAGAAACACUUACCCGUGGCUGAGCUCGAGGCCAGGUGCAGGGGUCUCUACCGGCUCAGUAGUUUAAAGAGCACUAAGCCUAAGGCUCUGAGCGCUCUCUGAUUGGACCUUCUGAGCGGCUCGGCCACAAUGCCCUGGAGACACCCACGGGACAGCAUUUAUUUCCUGCUGAAAUCCCUGCUCAGCCCCAGAACACGCUUCUCUAACACCCAAUCCUAAAUCGCUCCUUGGAAGGAGGCUAGCUCCUAAAAUCUCUCGCCUCCACGCUCUUUUCCUGGCCUCUUUAGACAUGGUGACCGCUCCCACUGCAUUUCAUUAAAAACAAAACUAAAGCAAAAACAAA